GCACGCAGCGGAGACCCGGCGACAUCAUCGUCGUCGUCGUCGUCGUCGUCGUUAUGGCCGUCCUCUGGAUCAUCUCCUGCUUCGCCCUCGUCAGCGCCGCCUACGGUUGCGGAACGCCCGCCAUCCCCCCCGAGGUGACCGGCUACGCUCGCAUCGUCAACGGCGAGGAGGCCGUCCCGCACUCGUGGCCCUGGCAGGUUUCCCUGCAGCAAUCCAACGGCUUCCACUUCUGCGGCGGCUCCCUGAUCAACGAGAACUGGGUGGUGACCGCCGCCCACUGCAAUGUCAGGACUUACCACCGCGUGGUGGCCGGCGAGCACGAUAAGGGCUACGGCUCCAACGAGGCGGUGCAGGUCCUUCGCCCCGCCAAGGUGUUCACGCACCCCCGCUGGAACCCGCGCACCAUCAACAACGACAUCGCCCUGAUCAAGCUGAGCUCGCCCGCCCGCCUGGGCACCAACGUGUCGCCCGUCUGCUUGGCCGAGGCCGCCGACGACUUCGCCCCGGGAAGGACCUGCGUCACCUCCGGAUGGGGACUGACCAGAUACAACGCUCCCAGCACUCCCAACAAGCUCCAGCAGGCGGCGCUUCCUCUGCUGUCCAACGAGCAGUGCAAGCGUCACUGGGGCAGCAACAUCUCUGACGUGAUGAUCUGCGCCGGAGGCGACGGCGCCACCUCCUGCAUGGGCGACUCCGGCGGUCCUCUUGUGUGCGAGAAAGACAACGCUUGGACCCUGGUGGGCAUCGUGUCCUGGGGAAGCAGCCGCUGCUCCACGUCCACGCCGGCCGUCUACGCCCGCGUCACCGAGCUGCGCGCUUGGGUGGACCAGACCCUCGCCGCCAACUAAUCGCCCGCACGCGUUUCCCGCAGAACCCCAAUAAAAAAAAAAAAAAUAUGGCAUCAUCAA